UGAUCUUAACUUGUGCUUUACGGUAUUCGAGGCUUAAUACUUUAGCUGAGACUUCACACCGAGAGAUUCUGCUACGUUCCUCUCUCUCUCUUGUUCCUAUUCUGGAUCUUUGCUAGUUGGGGGCUUCUUAUUUUAGUGAAGGGAUUCAAUCGGUCCUCUCUUUACAUCCAUCUAAGGACUUGAUUAAUCCGAACCCCGAAAAUGUCUUCUUCAUAUCUCCCAGCAACAACUGAUUCAAUUGCCCAGGCUUUAGAAGCCAAAAACCCGGCUGAGGCCAUCUCUAUUCUUUACCGCAUACUUGAAAACACAUCAUCUUCUGCUGAAGCCCUACGGAUAAAGGAACAGGCAAUCACAAAUCUUUCAGAUCUUCUUAGACAAGAAAAUCGGGCAGAGGAUCUCAGAAACCUUCUAACCCAGUUGAGGCCCUUUUUCAACUUGAUCCCCAAGGCAAAGACUGCCAAAAUUGUUCGUGGGAUAAUAGAUGCAGUAGCUAAAAUACCAGGCACUUCUGAUCUCCAGAUUUCCCUCUGCAAAGAAAUGGUGCAGUGGACUCAUGCUGAAAAGCGAACUUUCCUACGGCAAAGAGUGGAGGCAAGGCUUGCAGCUCUUUUGAUGGAAAACAAAGACUUCUCAGAAGCUUUAACUCUCCUUUCAAGUUUAAUAAAGGAAGUGAGAAGGCUAGAUGACAAGCUUCUGCUUGUGGAUAUAGACUUGUUGGAGAGUAAGCUCCAUUUUUCUUUGAGGAAUCUCCCUAAAGCCAAGGCUUCACUGACGGCUGCAAGAACUGCUGCCAAUGCUAUAUAUGUGCCCCCAGCUCAACAGGGUACUAUAGAUUUGCAGAGUGGGAUCCUCCAUGCAGAAGAAAAGGACUACAAAACUGGUUAUAGCUAUUUCUUUGAAGCUUUUGAAGCUUUCAAUGCUCUUGAAGAUCCAAGGGCAGUAUUUAGCCUGAAAUAUAUGUUACUGUGCAAGAUAAUGGUGAACCAGGCUGAUGAUGUGGCGGGAAUAAUAUCAUCUAAAGCUGGACUGCAAUAUGUGGGGCCUGAGCUGGAUGCCAUGAAGGCAGUGGCUGAUGCGCAUUCGAAACGGUCCAUAAAGCUUUUUGAGACUGCCCUCAGGGAUUUCAGGGCCCAGCUAGAGGAAGACCCUAUUGUCCACAGGCACCUCUCAUCACUGUACGACACUUUGUUGGAGCAGAAUCUCUGCAGGUUGAUUGAACCUUUCUCCAGGGUUGAGAUUGCUCAUAUUGCUGAACUGAUUGAGCUGCCUGUUGAUCAUGUGGAGAAGAAAUUAUCUCAGAUGAUUCUCGAUAAGAAGUUUGCUGGAACUCUAGAUCAGGGUGCUGGAUGUCUCGUCAUUUUUGAUGAUCCUAAGACAGAUGCGAUAUACCCAGCAACACUGGAAACCAUUUCUAAUGUUGGCAAGGUCGUGGAUAGCCUCUAUGUCAGGUCUGCCAAGAUAAUGGCAUGAAGUUCUAGACCCUCGGCCUUGCCUCCCGUGGGCGGGUGUCUCUGUAUGGAUGCAGGGAUUGAUUAGCUCCAAGGGGGUCGUCCGCCCAUCGCCACAGCAAGGCCGCAAAAGAGAGAUGUAGCUAAGACUAUGGAUGGUAGCGACCGGACGAGACUAGAGGCAACGACGUCUGGAUAAGGCUUUAAAAGAUAGGGAAGAGAGAUUGAAGAGGAAAGAGGGAGAUGCAAGGAGGAGAAUCUUAAAACAAAACAUAAGAUUAGGGUGGGUUUGGGUAUCGAGAAAUGUUGAGGAAAGUUGUGAAUAAUAAUAAAAAAGAAGUGAAAAGUAAUAAUAAAAUAAUAAAUAAUAAUAAAAAAUAAGUAAAAAGUAAGAAAUAAUGAUAAAAAUAUGUAAAAAAUAAUAAUAAAGUAAUGAAUAAUAAUGAAAAGUGUUUGGAAUUUAAACACAAUCUAAAGUUACAUUGAUUUGGAAAUAUCGAAACGAUAUUUUCUUUAUGAGAAAUGAUUUGUGUAGUCGGUAAAUAUAGUCGGUUUGCAGUCGGUUUAAAAAAAAUGAAUUAAUAUGAGAUCUAUAUGAAAAGAAAAAUUAUUUUUAUAAUUUUUUUUAUUCAUUCUGUACAACAAAAAAAUAAUAUUUUUAUAAUUUUUUUUUUAUUUAUUCUGUAUAGUCGAUUGCAUGUCGACUGUAUUUAUCGAUUGCGUUUAGCAAAACCCUUUUUUUAUUGAGUCAGAUGGAAUUGGGUCUAGUCUAGGAGAGUGCCCCACCCAUCAAGGUGAGAGCCGAACAGGGAUGGCGGGUUGGCCAUAUGUGGAAGCCUACUAUGCACCCCUACUUUUAAAGAGACACAUCAAAAUAAUUUUAAAAAGAAAAAUCAUAAAACUGAAAAUUAAAUGAUAAUAAAAUUAAGAAUAACGAUAGAUUUACUAUAUUUUUACUAUAUUUUUAUCACUUUUUUUAUAUUUUUAAGUUUUUGGUUUACUUAUGAUUAAAAAAAUGAUUAUUAAUAAAAUUGUAUAUAUAUUUUUAUUUUUUUCUUACCAGCAGGCAGGCGGCGAGGGUCUCCCCUCACGCGUUCCAUACACGUCGGGAAGACCAAGAAUUGAUAUUUUUUAUUUAAGAUUUUAAUACUUUUUGUUUGAUUUUUACUUUCGUUUUUAAUUUAAUUCUCUAUUUAAAAAAAUUAGCCCACCCAAAAAAAAAAAAACAAAAACAAAAACAAUUAACGGACAACGUUAAGAUAACGUAAACAGACAAACGAGAAUCUAGAGAUAUCCGAAAGGAGCUCACUGUCAUGUUUUGGGUGAAUCAACCGCUGUAGGCAUCCGUUUCUACCUUCUACCUCAAAGUUAAUUCUCUUCCUGUAAAAGCAACGUCGCAGACACCAACUAUAACUGCCUGAAGAGACCCGAUCCGAUCCCCUUCACAUCCUCAAAGGACCGAUCGAUCUUCUUUCCAAGG